CGCACUUAAGGAGCUCCGACCAGCGGGAGGAGGGAGCAGGGAGGAAGCCGGGCCGCUGCCGACUUCCUCGGACCUGGACCCAGCCCGGCCCCAGCCAGCCCCGACGGCGCCAUGCGGGGCCCGACCGCGGCCCUGUGGCUGCUCGUGGCUCUGCGCACCGUGCUCGGUGGCAUGGAGGUGCGGUGGUGCACUAUCUCGAACCCAGAGCAGCAGAAGUGCAGCGACAUGAGCAAGGCCUUCAGGGAAGCGGGCAUCCAGCCCUCCCUCCUCUGCGUCCAGGGCACCUCAGCCAACCACUGCAUCCAGCUCAUCGCGGCCCAGGAGGCUGACGCCAUCACUCUGGAUGGAGGAGCCAUCUAUGAGGCGGGAAAGGAGCAUGGCCUGAAGCCCGUGGCGGGCGAAGUGUACGAUCAGGAGGUUGGUACCUCCUAUUACGCCGUGGCUGUGGUCAAGAGGAGCUCCCAUGUGACCAUCGACACUCUGAAAGGCGUGAAGUCCUGCCACACAGGCAUCAAUCGGACAGUGGGCUGGAACGUGCCCGUGGGCUACCUGGUGGAGAGUGGCCGCCUUUCAGUGAUGGGCUGCGACGUACUCAAAGCUGUCAGCAACUACUUUGGGGGCAGCUGCGUCCCUGGGGCAGGAGAGACCGGUUACUCUGAGUCCCUGUGUCGCCUCUGCAGGGGAGACAGCUCUGGGGAAGGUGUGUGUGACAAGAGCCCCCUGGAGCGAUACUAUGACUAUAGCGGGGCCUUCCGGUGCCUGGCAGAAGGGGCGGGGGACGUGGCAUUUGUGAAGCACAGCACGGUGCUGGAGAACACUGACGGGAAGACGCUGCCCUCCUGGGGCCAGGCCCUGCUGUCACAGGACUUCAAGCUGCUGUGCCGGGAUGGCAGCUGGGCCGAUGUCACUGAGUGGAGGCAGUGCCACCUGGCCCGGGUGCCUGCUCACGCCGUGGUGGUCCGGGCUGACACAGAUGGGGGCCUCAUCUUCCGGCUGCUCAAUGAAGGCCAGCGUCUGUUCAGCCACGAGGACAGCAGCUUCCAGAUGUUCAGCUCUGAGGCCUACGGCCAGAAGAAUCUGCUGUUCAAGGACUCCACCUCCGAGCUUGUGCCCAUCGCCACGCAGACCUACGAGGCGUGGCUGGGCCACGAGUACCUGCACGCCAUGAAGGGUCUGCUCUGUGACCCCAACCGGCUGCCUCUCUACCUGCGCUGGUGUGUGCUCUCCACUCCCGAGAUCCAGAAAUGUGGAGACAUGGCUGUGGCCUUCAGCCGGCGGCAGCUCAGGCCGGAGAUCCAGUGCGUGUCAGCUGAGUCCCCUCAGCACUGCAUGGAGCAGAUCCAGGCUGGGCACAUCGACGCUGUGACGCUGAGUAGCGAGGACAUUUACACGGCCGGGAAGACAUAUGGCCUGGUUCCUGCAGCCGGGGAGCGCUAUGCCGCGGAAGACAAGAGCAAUUCAUACUUCGUGGUGGCUGUGGUGAAGCGGGACAGCUCCCAUGCCUUCACCUUAGAUGAGCUUCGAGGCAAGCGCUCCUGCCACGCCGGCUUCGGCAGCCCUGCGGGCUGGGACAUCCCCAUGGGCAUCCUCAUUCGGAGAGGCUUCAUCAGGCCCAAGGACUGCGAUGUCCUCACAGCGGUGAGCGAGUUCUUCAAUGCCAGCUGCGUGCCCGUGAACAACCCCAAGAAUUACCCUUCCUCACUGUGUGCACUUUGCGUGGGGGACGAGCAGGGCCUCAACAAAUGUGUGGGCAACAGCCAGGAGCGAUACUACGGCUACAGCGGCGCCUUCAGGUGCCUGGUGGAGAAUGCCGGUGACGUUGCCUUCGUCAGGCACACGACUGUCUUUGACAACACAAAUGGCCACAAUUCCGAGCCCUGGGCUGCUGAGCUCAGAUCAGAGGACUAUGAACUGCUGUGCCCCAAUGGGGCCCGGGCAGAGGUGUCCCAGUUUGUAGCCUGCAACCUGGCACAGAUACCACCCCAUGCUGUCAUGGUCCGGCCAGACACCAACAUCUUCACUGUGUAUGGACUGCUGGACAAGGCCCAGGAUCUGUUCGGAGACGACUACAAUAAGAAUGGGUUCAAAAUGUUCGACUCCUCCAACUAUCAUGGCCAAGACCUGCUUUUCAAGGAUGCCACAGUCCGGGCGGUGCCUGUCGGGGAGAAAACCACCUACCGCGACUGGCUGGGGCUGGACUACGUGGCGGCCCUGGAAGGGAUGCUGUCGCAGCAGUGCUCGGGCGCAGCGGCCUCGGCCUCCGGGGCACCGCUGCUCCCGCCGCUGUGGCCCGUCCUCGCCGCCCGCCUGCUCGCGCGCGCCCUCUGAGGCUCGGUCGCCCCGCCAGAGCCCGCGCCCUCCGAGACCCGCCGCGCCCCAGAACUCCCGGAGCCGC